GCGCGAGUUUCUUGUGAAUGAGAGAAAUAGCAGCAGACGCCAACUGGCCUCAAACAUAUUCAUAUUUUGCACGAUUUUUGUCAAAUAUUAAUUUAUAAAAUGGGUAAGGAAAAGGCGGGCAAAAUGUUCAAUAUCGGCGAUUUGGUAUUCGCGAAAGUGAAAGGCUAUCCCGCGUGGCCAGCAAAGAUUACGAAGUACCACAACAAAAAGUACAAUGUUUACUUUUACGGGACCGGAGAGACCGCCAAUAUAAAAAUCGAAGAUCUUUUCACCUAUGUCGAAAACAAGGAGAAGUUCGCCAAUCCGAAAAACAUGAAAAGGGCCAAGUUCAGCGAGGCCAUUGAUCAAAUUGAGAGCGCGCUACGCGGCGAAGAUUCGGCGCCAAUCGAUUUGCCCACUACCGAUGAGGGCAAUGAAAGCACGCUUGACGCGGCGCCAGAAGCGCCAGCAGAUGCUGCAACGGCUGCACCAGCAGCUGCAGAGCCCGUAGCGGCAACGACGGCGACGGCAACGACGACAGCAGCUGGAAUUCCAGCUGCCGAGAGCAGUGAGCCAAAAGCGCGUGGUGCUGCGGCGGGAGGAGGACGUAAGUCGAAGGCGCAACCAAGACAUGUGGAUGGAGAUACGGAGGAUGUCAGCACUGAUGCAGUGGAAACGCCGCCGCCGCAAAAGAAACGCGUGCCACCCGAAGGCAUUGGAGCCACAAAUACCACCAAGAAAUCCGUAAAGAAAUCAAAACCCACGGCCGCCGUGACGCCCAUGCAGAAGCGUUCUCGGCAAGUAAAUAUUAUACAGAAUAAUCUGCUCAUGGUGUACAUGCCGACAGCCAAAUGCUUGGGCAUUAAUAUCAACUACAAGAAGCCCGCCAGCUUUGAGAAUACCGCCGCAGAGCAGGCCUGGAUGGAGAAGGCGCGCAAAGAGGCCAUCGAAUUGAAGCUGAAACUGGAGUCCGGGCAAAUCGAUGCCGAGUCCAUGCCAGAACGUAUUAUAAUCGAGCCGGUGCGCAAUGAAAUACCCAAGCAGGAGGCGGUGCGUUUCAUUGAGGAGCUAAUUGAGCAAGAGGAUGCGCUGUUCAUGGAACGUGAUUUUAUACAAUUGUCACAGCAGCUGCGCGAGUGCCUCGGACUGCGACGGGCCAAUGUGGGCAGAUGCCUGGAGAUAUUGGAGCAGCUCAAGGAGAUCGAGCUGAAUAAAUUGAUGCUGUUGCGUAAUCCGGAAUGUGUUGAUAUAAUGCGUCGGCUACGUCGAUAUGUUGGCAAUUUGGAGCUAUGGAAAAUGGAUAUAUCGGAUGAGUUGGAGUUUAAGGAAAAGGCGCAAAUAAUACGUAAAGUCUCGACCGCUAUUUAUGAUGGCUUCAAGACGCUCUUUAACCCAGAUUCCGAGCCUGAAGAGAACUUCUGGGUGGAUUUUUGCGAAAAGGUCAAGAUCUAUAAAAACUAUACGAAAAACAUCAACGAUAACCUGCGCGUUUCGAUGAGCGAGCACAGCUACGAAAAUCUGGUAAAGACCAAGGAACAAGUCGCAGCCUCCAAGGAGGUUGUCCAAAACUAAAGGUCAGCAAAAGGCCGCGUCAACGGUUCCAACUACAUCUACUUAAGGUAAUUUUAAGCUUAAAACCCUCGCCUAAGCGAGGGCUUAAUGUGAAGCCCCGACUCCCCCCUUAAAAAAAUAACCUGUGAAAUUGACAGAUCGGCCAAUUGAACUGGUUGCUUGCUAUUAGUUUUAAUUGCAUCAUCGGGCGCUUCUACGUAUGUUCACCCAUAAAGCACUACGUCUGAGAGCUGCAUCAGCAAUCCAUGCACCAAACGAUACACAAUUAAAUACAAUUGCUUAGUUUAUAUGUUAUAUACACUAUUAUGAAUAUAU